AUGAGACCUCAGCAGCAGCAGCUGCUGCUGCUGCUCCUGCUGCUGCUGCUAAUGCUGAAAGCACAAUGUUGCUGCUAUGCUUCGCUGCAGCUGGACCUUGGGGCCAGCCGUGCUGCCGUUCCUGGAGGUUUUGGCAGCAGCAGCAUUAGCAGCAGCAGCAGCAGCAGCAUUAGCAGCAGCAGCAGCAGCAGCAGCAGCAGCAGCAACUCCUAUUUCCGCAACAGAAAGGGGCCCACUGCUGUCAAUUUCCGCCGCAGCCACUGCAGCAGCACAGGGAUAAAGAGCAGCAGCUGCUGCAGUGCUUUUGUCUCAGCAGCAGCAAGCCCUAAAAGCAAGCUGCUGCGGCGGCUUCCUUGCGGAGUCGCAGCAGCAACUUCUGCUGCUGUCGGCGGUGGUGCUGCUGCUGCCGCGAAUGCUUCUGUCUGUAAAACAUCCUUAGCAGCAGGAAAUGCAGCAGCAGCAGCAGCAGCAGCAGCAGCAGCUGCUGCUGCAGAGAGCUGGGAGCCGCGCAACUCUACCUUGAGGGACCUGCUGCAGCGGCAGCUGCUGGCGACAGUUAGCGACCUGAAGGAGCUUGACUGCAUCCUCAGCUCAAACCAAGCAGCAGCAGCAGCAACAGCAGCAAACCAAGCAGCAGCAGCAGCAGCAGCAGCAGCGGGAGGGCCAGGACGUGGGCGAACUCUGCCUGCCAUCGCUGCGGCAGAUGAUGCUGCUCUUCGCCUGCUGCAGCCAUUCCCGCUGCACGAAGCCAGCAGCAGCAGCAGCAGCGGCAGCAGCAGCAGCGGCAGCAGCAGCAGCAGCAAACGCGUGUCCUUCUACAUUGGCAUUGACAUGACGGGGCCCUCUUUGCAUGCAGGGCAUUUGCUGCCGCUGCUGCUGCUGCGGCGCUUCUGGCUGCGAGAAGGGGUGCAGCCGGUGCUGCUGCUAGGGACUGCAACAGCGCGUGUUGCGCUGCAGGUGCGCAGAGGCAGCAACAGCAGCAGCAGCAGCAGCAGCAGCAGCAGCAGCGAUAGUUUGUUGCUGCAGCUCCUGGGCUGCGAGCAUUGGAGGCAGUACGACGCGGAAAUCGAGGCUAACUGCAGCAGCGUGCUGCAGCAGCUGCGCCGCAUUUUCUCCCCUCCUGCAGCAGCAGCAGCAGCAGCAGCAAGCACUGCUGCUGCUGCUGCAGCAGACCAGCAGCAGCAACUGCCAGAGCCUCUGGUUGUAAGAAAUGAUAAAUGGCUGGAGAAGAUUCCCCUUGGGGCUUUUCUUUCCUGUGCUGCCCGUCGGCUGCCUCUGGCUGACAUUCUUCCUCGAGCAGCAGCAGCAGCAGAGAGGCAGCAGCAGCAGCAGCAGCAGCUUCUGGGCGUGGGCACUGCAGCAGCAACAGCAGCAGACAUCGGCUACGCGCUGCUGCAGGCCCUAGACUUCGUGCUGCUGUCGCAGUGCCUCCGCUGCUGCUGCCAAAUAGGCGGCCGUGACCAGUGGAGAAACAUUUCCACGGGCCUCCACGUUGCCCGCCGUUUGCUGCAGCAGCAGCAGCAGCAGCAGCAGCAGCAGCAGCAGCAGCAGCAGUGGCUGGUGGGCGUAACUACUGAGCUGCUGGAGGGCAGCGGGAACUGCAAGAUGGGCAAAAGUGAGGGGCCCCGGGGGGCCCCCCUGCUGCUGCUCUGGUUUUCCGAUAGGCCGGCAGCAGAAAUUAUGAGGGACACCCAAGACAACUCGCCUGCAAACACUAAUCGGCUCAAACGGGAACUAGCAGACGAAUUGACUCGCCUUGUUCAUGGGGAGGAGGGUCUUCAGCGUGCUCAUGCCUCGUUGUCUUUCCUUCCUGUCCACCGCAGCAGUAGCAGCAGCAGCAGCAGCAGCAGCAGCAGCAGCAGCAGAAGCUGCGGCGACAGCUGCAGGGCCAGCAGCGCAGCGGAGAACGAGGCCUGUGUUCCCGUGCAGCUGCUGCCGACGCACUUUAUCUCCCGGUCAAGCUUCCACGAAGGUGUGGGGCCCCCUUUGCCGCGACUCAUGAGGGCCCUCGCCCUUUCGCCUUCGGCCCUGGAGGCCUCGCGGCUGCUGAGAGAUGGGGCAGUCCGUUUGAAUGGAGCAAAGCUCGCGGACCCCGGCCGCCGCUUGCUGCUGACAGAUUUCAAGCAGCAGCAGCAGCAGCGGCAGCAGCAGCAGCGGCAGCAGCAGCAGCAGCAGCAAGAGCUGCAGCUGCGGUCACCACAGGAGCAGCAGCAAGAGCUGCAACUGCAAUCAUCGCAAACGCAGCAGCAGCAGCUGCUGCAGGAGCAGCCACUGCAGCAGGCAACCCAGCUGCAGCAACUGCAGCAGCAGCAGCAGCAGCAGCAAAAAGGAGCAGCAGUGGCAGUGCUGACUGUGGGGAAGAACCGCUUUGCAGCGCUAAGUAUAUCCGAGUCUGAAAAAGAGGGGUCCAGCUUAGCAGUUUGGGCUGCGCCGCAGCCUUAG